AGUAGUUUACUACUCACUCUUUGACAGCCAGUGAGUAAUAUAUGUACUGGUAGUACCAAUAUCAAUUAGUGAUCCUUCAAAACUUCCGAUAAUUUAAACCUUUAUUUAACAUCAAAGUUAAAGUUUGUUAUAUCACAGGCGAAAGUUUUAUGUACAUUUUACACGUUGGAUUUAUGGGAUUGUUAUAACCAAUCAAAAGUGUCCGUUUCAAGACGAUCAAAGUGGAUUAGUUAGAACCUUUGUCGUUGUUCAGCAUUAUUUGUCUUAAGGACUUGAAUAACUGAAAAAAUAUAGUAUUUGACUAUUUAUUCAAAGAAAUAUAUAGAUAGGACAUUAGUGAUAUAUACAUAAGUAAUAUACUGCAUAGACACAUUUUUGAAAUAUACCGUUUUCCAAAUUGAGGAUUGCAGCCUAUUAGUGAAAAGGAUUUUUAGAUUUUAUUUAAAUAAGCGUAUGUGAUAUACUGGAAACAUGUCUUGAUUAAAUGACUUAAAGAACAAAAAUGUGAAUAUUUAUGAAAACAAUAACUUAAUGUGCUCGUGUGAAUGGAAAAAUGAGGCCAAAACUACAAGACUUCCAGAGAAUUCUUUUUUUCUUUAUUUUUCUAAUAAAAACAGUCCAACCGUCUUGGUGGUACCUAGGACUGAUCAGCUCUUCGCAAACAGAUUUACCGAGUGAACCACAGAAUGCAGAAGAUGUUGAUUGUUCAAACUUUAAGUUCUUAGCACCCAGACAGAAAGAACUAUGUAGUAAAGAAGCACAGUUACAUAAAGUCAUUGGUGAAGGCGCAAAAAGAGGCAUUGCCGAAUGUCAAAACCAGUUCUCAAAUAGAAGAUGGAACUGUUCCACGUUUAAUACAACUGAUGUUUUCGGGAAAGUUUUACAAUUAAAGACAAGAGAAACGGCAUAUAUAUAUGCAAUCCAGUCAGCUGGUAUCAUGUAUGCUGUAACUAGGGCAUGUGCAAGAGGAGAUUUAGAAAGAUGUGGAUGUGAUACAAAAGUGCGACAAAAAGACACAGAUGGACAGUUUGAAUGGGGAGGUUGUUCAGAAAACACAAGAUAUGGUGGUAAAUUUUCUAAAGAAUUUGUAGACACCAAUGAACACAGAACAUCAGAAGAUGGACUAAUGAAUUUGUGGAACAAUGAAGCUGGUCGAAAGGCCACUAAAUCACAGAUGGAUCUACUAUGUAAAUGCCAUGGAGUGUCCGGAUCAUGUAGUGUAAAAAUUUGUUGGAAAAAAUUGAAAAACUUUCAAGCUAUUGGAAAAGCACUGAAAGACAAAUUUGACGGUGCAAGCUUAGUCCGUUUUAUUAAAAAUAAAAGAAAACUAAAACGAAUUAAUAGAGAUAUGAAAAAACCUACGAAAAAAGACUUAGUUUAUCUUCACGAAUCUCCAGACUUUUGUAACCAGAACCCUAAUUAUGGGUCAUUAGGCACACAAGGACGAAAGUGUAAUAAAACAAGUUUCGGACUUGAUGGAUGUACCCUAAUGUGCUGUGGAAGAGGGUAUUAUACCAUCAUUAAAGAAAUCAAAGAAGAUUGUGACUGUAAAUUCGUUUGGUGUUGUCGAGUUGACUGUAAACGAUGCACGCAAGUUGUGGAAGAGAAUUAUUGCAAUUAGAUAAGAUAAAAUGUGUAUAACGUCAGUAGAACUGCAGUCAUAAAUACACCAGCGAAUUUAUUUGUGCUAUACAUGUUUAUGAAAUUGCUGAUAUUUGUGAAAAUGAAGCCAUAUAUAAAUAUGUAAAUACAGUCAUAUGAAUUCAACAUAAUAUAUUAAAACGGGUACCGAUUUUUUCUAAGCGCAUUGAUGUUUUUUUCAUGAUGAACGAUUUGGUUAUUAUACUGGAUAUUCAGUGCACUGUUUAUAUACACUCUUUGUUACAUAUACAAAUUCGUCAUAAUCUCUGUAAUACAGAAGGAGGACGUCGUUUCGUCUACACUUUUUUUGUCCUAUGUGUAAAAUCAAUUGCUGGUGUUUUUUCCUGCUAAGAUGUAUAUAACGCUGCAAAAUAUAUACUGUGUAAAGCUGCUGCCACCAGCAAUGGCCAAUUCUAAAACAAUAGUUUAACUUUACACAUAAUUUUUACGUUAACACGUGUAUGUAAUUUUAAUUUUAAGGUUUGUUUCACAUCUUUAUAAUGAGAACAAUAUAUUACAUGUUUUUUUUUUAUUCUUUAUGCGGUCACUUCGUUAUAUUUUUCUUCAAGCCACAUUGUUAUUUGCGGUACAAUAUAUAUGCAAAUGUCUGGUGUUAUAUUAAAAAUGCAAAACACAAUUGUAUUAUCAAAUUUGUGAUUUUUUGCAUAAACUAUAAAAGUAAAAAAAACUGCAUAACAUUAUAUUACACAUAUUUGCUCAUUUUUUCUUUCAUUGUUUUAAUUUAAUAAACUAUAUUAAUGUU